AUGUCCCCCAAGCCAAAGGUCCUGCUCCUUGGCAGCAUCGUCCACGCGCACUCCACCUGGAACUCCCUCUCCUCCCUGGCGGACCUAGUCUCCCCCAAGGCCACAAACCGCGCCGACUUCAUCGCAGAAUGUAAGUCCGGCGCCCUGGACGGCGUCGUCGUCGCAUACCGCACCUUCGACUCCGUCUCCAUCACCGGCAUCUUCGACGAGGAGCUCGUCAACGCUCUUCCCACCUCACUAACCUACCUCGCGCACUGCGGAGCCGGCUACGACCAAGUCAACACACACGCAUGCAGCGCGCGCACUCCCCCAUUGCGCGUCUCCAACGUCCCCACAGCCGUCGACGACGCAACCGCAGACGUAAACAUGUUCCUGAUAAUCGGCGCCCUCCGCAACUUCAACGCUGGCAUGCACGCCCUCCGGCAAGGCCACUGGCGCGGCCUCACACCCCCGCGCCUGGGCCACGACCCCGAGAACAAGGUCCUGGGGAUCCUGGGCAUGGGCGGCAUCGGACGCAACCUGAAGCGCAAGGCCGAGGCCUUCGGGAUGAAGGUCAUUUACCAUAACCGGCGCCAGCUGGAUCCGGAACUCGCGGGCGGCGCGAAGUAUGUCUCCUUUGAGGAGCUGUUGAGCACGAGUGAUGUGAUUAGUUUGAAUCUGCCGUUGAAUAAAAACACCCGCCACAUCAUCAGUACUCCGCAGUUCGAGGCUAUGAAGGACGGCGUCGUGAUUGUCAACACGGCCCGCGGCGCUGUUAUGGACGAAGAUGCCCUCGUCAAGGCCCUCGACAGCGGGAAAGUCUACUCGGCUGGUCUGGACGUCUUCGAGGACGAGCCUAAGAUUCAUCCUGGUCUUGUAGAGAACCCGAAUGUCUUGCUUGUGCCGCACAUGGGGACUUGGACUGUUGAGACGCAAACUGCGAUGGAGGAGUGGGCGAUUGAGAAUGUGCGGUUGGCGCUGGAGACGGGCAAGUUGAAGAGUCCUGUUCCUGAGCAGGCUGAUUUGUAG